AUGACCAACCCAGAGGACAUCAAAGACAAGUUCUAUAAAGAACUAGACGCCUUCAUUGCAGCAGUCCCACAGCCAGAGAAGUUCUUCAUCCUCGGAGACUUCAAUGCCAGAGUGGGGACAGAUCACCAAACCUGUGAAGGGAUCAUUGGAAGACACGACACUGGUAAGUGCAACAGCAACGGCCUUCUGCUCCUCAAGUUGUGUGCCACCCAUGACCUAUUCCGGCUCCCCACCUAUAACAAGACAACUUGGAUGCCCCCACACUCCAGGCAUUGGCAUCUAAUUGACUAUGUCAUCACCAGGAAAAGGGAUGUACAGGAUGUGAGAGUGACAAGGGCCAUGUGUGGUGCUGACUGCUGGACUGAUCAUCGACUCAUAGUGUCUAAGUGCAAACUUCGCAUCCUGCCAAAGAGAAGACCCCAAGGCCAGAAGAGUGCAAAGAGCCUCAACGUCUGCAAGCUGAAAAACAGCAACAUUGCACAGGAAUUUGCUAGGGACGUUGACGACAGGCUGCCAGACACACCCCAGGUUGAACAGGACAGCACUGCGGAACAGUGGACAGCAUUCAGAGAAGUGGUGUACACAGCCCUUGAACACCUCAGACCAGCAACCCACAAACACCAGGACUGGUUCGAUGAGAACGAUGUGGAAAUACAGGCACUCCUCUCAGAUAAAAACCAGCUGUUCAGAGCGCAUCAGAAGGACCCCCCAUCACGAGCAAAGAAAGACGCCUUUGCCUGCGCAAAAAGCAAGGUACAGAAGAAACUCCAUGAGAUGUGGGACACGUGGUAUUGCAAGAAGGCAGAAGAAAUACAGGGCUAUGCGGACAACGGGACACAGCUGCUGACAGAGAAGAUGCAGAUCCUGGACAUGUGGGCUGAACACUUCAACCAGGUCCUGAACCGCCCUGCCACAAUCAACAACGAAGCCAUCACCAGCCUACCUCAAGUGGAGAUCAACAGGGAUCUCGACAAUCCCCCCACAGAAGAAGAAGUCAGGUCACCAAGCAACUUUCCUGUGGCAAAGCACCAGGAUCAGACGCAAUUCCUGCGGAGGAAAGGUCCCACAACAGCUGAAAGAUGCCAUCAUGGUCCAGUCUACAAGAGGAAAGGCAACCGCCAGUCUUGCGACAACCACCGAGGCAUCUCUCUUCUGUCCAUAGCUGGGAAGAUCCUGGCUCGCAUCCUGCUCAACCGUCUCCUUCAGCAUCUUGAACAGGGUCACCUUCCAGAAAGUCAGUGUGGCUUUCGGGUCGAACGUGAAACAAUCGACAUGAUAUUUGCUGCACACCAACUCCAGGAAAAAUGCCAAGAACAGCACAGCGACCUCUUCGUGACCAUUGUCGAUCUGACGAAGGCCUUCAAUACAGUCAGCAGGGAUGGCUUAUGGAAGAUAAUGGAGGUUUGGCUGCCCAAGCAAGUUCAUCAAGAUCGUCCGGCAGUUCCAUGA